UGCCGCCUCAACCAGGCAUCUUCCCCGUCCCCUACGGCUCAGGACCAACACACACGCAAGGCGUCAUCACCGGUGCGCGACCUUCUUCGGUGGGUCCCAUUGGGCCUGGCAUCCCGGGCAGUGGAAAGGCUGCCAGGUUGGGUGGCGGAGGCAACCCGCUGAGCACCUUCCCACCAGGCGACCGCGACCUGCCCAUGAACGGGGAGAUGUACGCACCGGGGAUUGGGCACGGCCUGAACGCACAUGCCGGGCAUGGUCAUGGUCAUGGUCAUCACUCACAGCAUGGGCAUUCGCACCACCAGGCUGUGGCUGGCCCCAGUACGAGACAUAGUGCAGGCUCGAUGGACGAGAGUCUGAACCGGAAGGAGAAGAAGCGAAAAGAGUCGUCCAAGCUGAGCAAGGAGAUGAGUGAUCGAAGGGACGAGGGCCGAAACUUCACAGAAAGCAUAUCCGCGCUACACAACGCUGCCCACAUCCUAUCCACACGACCAGAAAUGUCCGCCUACUUCAACCUGCGGCUGUACCCACUCUCACUAGAACGCUCGGCCCUCCUUGCCCAGCUCGAAUCGGAAGAGCGGUAUGCCCUCGAAUGUGCCCAGGUGGCGUACGACGAAGAGCGCAACCGGGUGGAGGAAGAGUGGAGAAAAGGUCGCGACCGCGUCUCCCUCGACCCCCAUUCACGACCCCCAGUAACACGCAAGCUCCGGAAUAAGCUCGGCACCUCCCCGCCGCCAACCCCACACAACGGACCCAACUCGCACCUCCCAGGCGGCGUCGGGGGACACGCGCACCCGCUCGCAAACGCCCUAGGGCUCGUCAACAUAAACGGGCUGAACCCCACGAGCCUGCCCAUCACCACCGGCCCGUUUCUCAACCCCCACUCGCUCUCGGUAGACGACCUGCCGUCGCCUUUCCCACUACCCCUCACUUCCACCGCGAACGCACACACGUCGGGGGCGAAUUCGACUGCUGGUGCGGGGGGCGCUGGGGGUGCGGGUGCUGGAGCUGGAGCGGGGAAUGCGGGGAACGGGCCGAGGAGGAGACCAAAAGGCCAGGGUGGCCAUCCGGGGCAGACGUUGGGCGGACUGGGGAAGAGCUUGCUGGUUUUAAAUACGAUCAAGGACGCAGAAGUCGAUUCUGAUUUGGGUGAUAUUAGGAGGGGAAACAAGCGGAGGAGAACAGCGCAGGUUGGCGCAGGAAAGUAGU